AAGCAGCAUCACACAGGAAGGACAAAAACAGAAGGGAAUUAUUAGCAAAAACAAAAUAGAACAGGAAUUUAUAGGAUGUUGCUAAUUUCCAUUGAAGGAAUUGACAUUGUACAGCAGUACUGUGCAAAGAGAUAGGACACAAAAUCAUUUUAUAUGUUAUAAAGCCUUUUAAUUAACAAAAACUAACUAAAAAAUGUCCAUUAUACAGAUUGAGAUCAAUAUCAUAAGAGUGGCGUAAAUACCAUAACUUAUAUGAAGGUUAUUAAAGAUUAGUAAAUAGUAAAUGAAUGACCUAAAGAAAUUGAUCUCUAAUUUAUUUUGUUGCGAUUGACCAAACAGGUAGGAACAAAUGUUGCCAUCGUAUUGUAGCACGGUGACUUUAUAGGUAGUACACAGAUCUUUCCUCUCAACCAAUGGGCGAGUGUUAGCUGCACGCAGGCGCAGUGGGACGCCGGGGUCCACAUGACCUCUCCCAGUCACAACAAUGUUGAGCGUGUGUCUGCUGAGGAGAAGUUUCCACUCGAGUCUGAGGCUCAUGAAGCAGCAGAAAGGUAGAAGCGCGGCCGAGCAGCGCUGGAUGACCCGGCAGCUCAAAGACCCGUAUGUCAAAGCCUCUCACAAGCUGAACUUCCGCUGCAGAAGCGCCUUCAAGCUGCUGGAGAUAGACGACAAGUUCCGGCUGCUGCAGCCUGGAGACUCCGUGGUGGACUGCGGGGCUGCGCCCGGUGCCUGGAGCCAGGUGGUCGUCCAGAGGGUCAACUCAGCCGGGACAGAUCCAGAGUUACCUUGUGGUACCGUUAUCGGUAUUGACCUGCUCAACAUACCUACUCUGGACGGUGCCCAAUUCCUGUCCAGUCACGAUGUCACGGAGGCCUCCACACACAGCAAGCUGCAGGAGCUGCUCCCCAGGGGCCGAGCUCACGUCAUCCUGAGCGACAUGGCGCCAAACGCCUGUGGUUUCCGAGAGAUGGACCACGAGAGACUCAUCAUGAUGUGUUUGUCUCUGACAGACUUGGCUGAGAAGAUCCUCCAGCCGGGGGGCUCUCUGCUUUGUAAAUACUGGGACGGGAUCCUCGCUCAGAGACUUCAAGACAAGCUCCUGAGUGUGUUCGGGAGCGUUCGGACUUUAAAGCCAAACGCCAGCAGGAAGGACUCGGCUGAGAGAUAUUUCCUCGCUAGGAUGUACAGAAAGCCAGUGAAAUGAGGACGUCCCUCUUUGUUUAUCUUUUGAACGCAAACGUUUGGUCAAUGUCUAUGUUCUGUUGAGAUUCACCGAAGUGCCCACUGUUUUUUUCUAAACAAGGAGAAGCACUUCAUAGCUAUGAUCAAAAGGUGGCACUGUUGAGGCAUUAGUGAGGCUCCCGGCUGCCUCACAUGCUCUUGUUGCUGAUUUAUACCACAGCAAACUUAACACAGUAGCAUCAGUGAAUCAUUAAUAUGUGAACCUAUGCAAGAAUCAUCAGUUUGAUCAUCCUCGAGAGCCCAAUGCUGGAGUUUCUCUGAAGUUUAUUGUUUGCCCCACAGUGUUCGCUCUGCACACUGGCUUUGCUGUUUACUCUGUUCCAGAAAGUCAUUUGCAGGAAGUGCCUGUGCUGCCAGCCGUGUAGAAAUAUGUAAUCGUUCUCUCAUUGAGAGUUUAUGAAGGGAAUACCUAAUGCAUCAGAGUCACAUACAGUGUGAUUAAUGGGGAGUGGGGUGAUGCUGCAGCUCGGCACGCUGCAAGCGUCGUUGAGCCGACAGAGGGGAUGGGGCCACUUCCUCAAAAACAUGUUCAGGCUAGUCAAGAGAUCCUCUUAUAAGAUUCUUCUUUAAAUCACUGCACUGACCAUAAAACUAUUUAUUUGAUUUAUUCCUGAGUUCAUAACCACUGGGGAUAAAUUAAAAAUGAUGAAUAACCCUAACCCAUUCUAAAAGUCUUAUUUUUGAUGUCAAAUUAAAGUUUAUGGAGAUUUAAAAUAAAGACCUUGCUGAUAUAACACUGUU